AUGACUUCGACUACUCCUCUGGUUAUGCGCAUUAUGGCGCUGUCCAUCAGCACAGCAAAGCGAGCCGGAGUCAUUAUUCGCGAUGUGCUAAAACAGGGCGACUUGGGCAUCGUCGACAAGGGCAAGAAUGAUCCACAAACGGAGGCAGAUCGAUCGGCGGAAAAAUGCAUUAUUGCCUCCCUCUCGAAGAAGUUCCCCACCAUUAAGAUCAUUGGAGAGGAGGGCGGCACCGAUUUGAAUGUGUGCGACGAUUGGCUGGUCAGUGAACCGAAUGAAUCUUUCCUACAGCAAAGCUGUCCAGCUGCGUGGCAGGAUGCACAACCCGAAGACUUUGUGAUAUGGGUGGAUCCCUUAGAUGGCACAGCGGAGUACACACAGGGAUUUGUAGAGCAUGUCACGGUGCUGAUUGGCGUCGCCAUCAAGAACUCUGCAGUGGGCGGAAUUAUUCAUCAGCCUUUCUAUCAGCACGCCAGUGGCGAAAUCGGACGCACCAUCUGGGGACUCAAGGGUCUGGGCACGGGCGGAUUUACGCCAGUGGCGCCGCCAAAAGAUGAAUUUAUUAUUACCACCACACGAUCGCACUCCAAUGCGCUGCAUCAGCGGGCAGUGGAUGUGUUUAAUGCCUCGAAGGUGCUCAAAGUAGGCGGUGCUGGUUACAAAGUACUCCAGCUGCUAGAGGGCAAGGCGCAUGCUUAUGUCUUCGCCACUCCCGGCUGCAAGAAGUGGGACACCUGCGCUCCGGAGGCUGUUCUUGAGGCGAAUGGUGGCACAUUGACCAACAUCAAUGGCGAACACUAUGAAUACCAUGCCGAUGUGGAGCACGUGAAUCGCCGAGGUGUCUUGGCCAGUGUGGGAAGCGACCACAAGGAGCUGGUGGAGAAGAUUCCUCUGGAUGUGCGGCAGGCAGUGGGAAGCAAGUAGAUACUUAUUGUUCCCUUUUAUACGUAAACUUCGCACUACAGAAAAACAUUUAUAUUCUUUGACAAGCACUGGUUGAAGUCUGUCUUUAACUCAAUUUAACUAAACAUUAAAUUCAAAUUUUAAAUAGAUAAAUAGGGCUUUAAGAAGCCUUUUUUUAUUGAACUAUGAAAUGUCGUUAACGAUGUUGAAGAUCUUCAUGCAUAUAUUGAAUAUUCAAGCAAUAUCAAUGGAUUGAACUCAAGCAUAUUGAUUAAACUAGGGCAUCAUUGUUCCACUUUUUUGUUUAGCUAAUCAACCAGUAAAGUAGAGAAUCAUUGUUCCACUUUAUUCGUUUAUUUUGCACUAUAGUAGUUACACACAUUCAUAUUAUAAAUAAAAAGUUAGGACAGUAUAAUUUGGUAAAAAUGUUUAGAAUUUACAUAUAUAAAAACGGUUGUAUUUUUUUUUUGUAUGGCAUCAACGGAAGGAGUAGUCCAUCUAGUACUUCUCGCAACUACUGUUGUUGCCCGUGGAAGAGUUGUUCAGGAAACGAUUGCGCUUUGCCUUGGCCAUUUUGCAGGAAUUAACGGAGGCAGCAAAGCGCAGCGAUUUGACCGAUUCUUGAAAGCAAUCCUGAAAUGGCGACACAUUGAUGAACAUCAGCGUCUUCGAGUUUCCGCCCAGCGAUGGCAUCAGCAGAUGCGUCAACUUCGAGUUGCGAUAC